UCUUCAGACUGAUUUGUUAGGCUCCAGCAGACUAGAGGGUGUUACCGGCCCAUAGUAUAUCAAGUUUGAAAAGCAAACACAUGAUCAGAAAUUAGGCGCCUUCAAGUUUUCUUAUUGCACGUGCGAUAUAGGCCUAUUUUUUAAGAUUCCUCUUUAAAACUCAACUCUGAGAUUCCGGUUGUUUUUUGCUCCGCGGCGGGUUCAUCUCAAGCGCUGUGGAUGCGUCUAGAUUCACUCCGUUUACAAUCUUUUGUGCUCUUAAACAGCGGUCAGGAUCGGUUAAAUGCUAAGUGUGGGAUCUCCAGUUGUUCUCUGUUGCCGGAUAAGAGCGUGUUUUUUUGAAUGAGGAUAUCUUAGUCUUAGUCAAACGUGCACGGAGCAGUACGGGCUCUGAAGAAUGAAGCGAUAAUAUCAAUCAUCUGUGAUACCCUUCAGGACUUUGAAUAACAGCGCCGACCUACGAUGUAUUCGCCGAUUUGUCUCACACAGGAUGAGUUUCAUCCCUUCAUCGAGGCACUGCUUCCUCAUGUCCGUGCCAUAGCCUACACCUGGUUCAACCUACAGGCGCGAAAGCGCAAGUACUUCAAGAAGCACGAAAAGCGAAUGUCCAAGGAUGAGGAACGGGCCGUGAAAGAUGAGUUGCUCAGCGAGAAGCCUGAAAUCAAACAGAAGUGGGCAUCCCGUCUCCUGGCCAAGCUGCGGAAAGACAUCCGACAGGAGUACCGGGAGGACUUUGUGCUCAGUGUAACGGGCAAGAAGCACCCAUGCUGCGUUCUCUCCAACCCUGAUCAGAAGGGCAAGAUCCGCCGAAUCGACUGCCUGAGGCAGGCUGAUAAAGUGUGGCGGCUGGACCUAGUGAUGGUCAUCCUGUUUAAAGGUAUUCCGCUGGAGAGCACAGAUGGGGAGCGGCUAGUCAAGUCUCCGCACUGCACCAACCCGGCACUUUGCGUCCAGCCCCACCACAUCACUGUCUCGGUGAAAGAGCUGGACUUGUUUCUGGCAUACUACGUCCAGGACCAAGGUAAGUCUGACUAGAGGUUAGGAAAUGACAUUUAUUGAAUUUAGGUGCUUCUCUUAACUAGCAGAGUGAAGGGUGUAGAGACAUUAAAUUAAUUUAAUUGAAUGUAAUUUCCAGUUGUUAUGUACAUAAGACUAAGGGCAAAUAUUUCUUGUGUUGCAUGCAAAGAAAGUUUCAAAAAUAUAAAAUUUGGUACAUUUAAAUAGUAUUAAAAUGGUUGCAUUAAAAGAUUUUACAUUUCCCAAAUUUGUUGGUAUAUAAAAGUGACAAAUAUUUAAGCAUAAUUCAUAUAAACAUAAAUGUCCCACAUUAUAUAAAUAUAUGCUAAAUAUGAUCACAUUUCCUAAGGUGGAGAAUUUCUGCAAAUGGCACAAUUAC